UGGUAUCUUCUCCUUGUCUCCUUUCCUCUGCAGGCAUCCACAGGUGAGCUCCUUCGAUGUCUUUCAGACUUUCUGUGUCGGCGUUGUGUCAAACUGAAGGAGCUCUCGUCCAAUCAGAUUGUCCUGUGGUUCAGAAACGUUGACCGAGCGCUUCUGGUUCAAGGCUGGCAGGACCAGUGCUUCAUCAGUCCUGCCAGUCUGGUCUUUGUGUACCUGCUGUGCAGGGAGGCGGUGGACGAGGACAUAUCUUCAGAGCAGGAGCUCCACGCUACCUUCCUCACCUGUCUCUACCUGGCCUACUCCUACCUGGGCAACGAGAUCUCGUACCCCCUGAAACCUUUCCUAGUGGAGUCCAGCCGUGAUGCAUUCUGGGAGAGAGCGCUGGAGCUGAUCGACUGGCUGAGUGCUGACAUGCUGAGAAUCAAUGCCGACCCACACUUCUUCACCGAGGUGUUUCAGGACCUGAAGAACCAGGGAGGAUCUAGGGAGAAGGAGAGGGAGAAGGAAAGGGAGAAGGAAAGGGAGAAGCAG